GCAGCAAAGAGAAGGAGAGAGAGAAGAGAGAGAGAGAGAGAGAGGAGGGAGGAGAAGACCACAGGAGGCUUCCCCCAGCCGCAGCUCAGCUCCCCAUUCCAAGCUUGGCCAGCAGCCAGAUGCUCUCCUCCGCGAGAGCCCUACCGCCGCCGCCACCACCCGCAGCAGCGCCCAUCCCCGCCGCCGGGUAGAGCCCGAUCCGACGGCCCCCGCCGCGCCCAUGGGCCGCGGCGGCGGCUCGCGCGCGGCCCCGGCCGCCACGGCGCCGCCGUGGCACGUGCUCCCGGACGAGGUCUGGGAGCACGCCUUCUCCUUCCUCCCCGCGGACUCGGACCGGGGCGCCGCCGCCGCCGCCUGCCGCUCCUGGCUCCGCGCCGAGCGCCGCUCGCGCCGCCGCCUCGCCGUCGCCAACUGCUACGCCGCGUCCCCGCAGGACGCCGUCGACCGCUUCCCGGCCGUACGCGCCGUCGAGGUCAAGGGCAAGCCCCACUUCGCCGACUUUGGGCUCGUCCCGCCAGCCUGGGGCGCCGCCGCCGCGCCAUGGGUCGCCGCAGCCGCCGACGGCUGGCCGCUGCUCGAGGAGAUUAGCUUCAAGCGCAUGGUCGUCACCGACGACUGCCUCGAGAUGAUCGCCGCCUCCUUCAGAAACUUCCAGGUGCUGCGCCUCGUCUCCUGCGAGGGCUUCAGUACCGCCGGGCUCGCUGCCAUUGCCGCCGGUUGCAGAAAUCUAAGAGAACUUGACCUUCAGGAGAAUGAGAUUGAGGAUUGCUCUAUUCAUUGGCUCAGUCUCUUUCCAGAAUCCUUCACUUCUUUGGUAACUCUAAAUUUUUCAUGCCUAGAGGGGGAUGUCAAUAUCACUGUACUUGAAAGACUAGUAACCAGAUGUUGCAAUCUCAAGACUCUCAAGCUCAACAAUGCUAUACCUCUUGACAAGCUUGCUAACCUCCUUCGCAAAGCUCCUCAGAUUGUAGAACUUGGAACAGGAAGAUUCUCUGCGGAUUACCAUCCGGAUCUCUUUUCAAAGCUUGAAGCAGCAUUUGCUGGUUGUAAAAGCUUAAGAAGGCUCUCUGGGGCUUGGGAUGCCGUUCCAGAAUACCUGCCAGCAUUUUACUGUGUAUGUGAGGGCCUCACAUCACUAAAUCUGAGCUACGCUACUGUACGAGGCCCUGAACUGAUUAAAUUCAUUAGCAGAUGCAAAAAUUUGCAGCUCUUAUGGGUGAUGGACUUGAUUGAAGACCAUGGUCUAGCUGUUGUGGCAUCAUCUUGUAAUAAACUGCAGGAGUUGCGGGUCUUCCCUUCUGCUCCUUUUGAUGCAGCUGAGCAGGUUUCUUUAACUGAAAGAGGUCUUGUUGACGUCUCUGCUAGUUGCCCAAUGCUGGAGUCAGUCCUCUACUUCUGCAGACGGAUGACCAAUGAGGCCCUUAUUACCAUUGCAAAGAACCGGCCCAACUUUACUUGCUUCCGCCUAUGCAUCAUUGAGCCUCACACUCCAGACUACACUACACACCAGCCUCUUGAUGCAGGUUUUAGUGCCAUUGUGGAAUCAUGCAAGGGCCUUAGGCGGCUUUCUGUUUCAGGCCUUCUCACAGAUAGUUUAUUUAAAUCCAUCGGGGCUCAUGCUGAUCGUCUUGAGAUGCUCUCGAUUGCCUUUGCUGGGAACAGUGAUUUGGGCCUGCAUUACAUCCUAUCGGGCUGCAAGAGCUUGAAGAAGCUAGAGAUCAGGGACUGCCCAUUUGGUGAUAAGCCCUUGCUGGCAAAUGCUGCCAAGCUGGAGACAAUGCGAUCCCUUUGGAUGUCGACGUGCUCACUGACCCUGGGCGCAUGCCGACAGCUUGCACGCAAGAUGCCCCGCCUUAGUGUGGAGGUCAUGAAUGAUCCUCGACGGGGAUGCCCCUUGGACUCUCUCACAGAUGAGAGCCCUGUCGAGACAUUGUAUGUCUACCGGACAAUUGCAGGUCCAAGGUCUGACACACCAGCCUGUGUCCAGAUUGUCUAAGGGGCGGCCACCUGUAGUUUACAAAGGUACUAUGGAAGUGUCCAUUUUCAAUCUCAUUCUGUACCGUCAACACCUUACUAGCAUAACUUGGAUAGUCUCCUUGAAGUAGAAAGGCUGGUGAUCUCGAUAAUCCUAUCAUAAUCUCUGAUCAGCUGUACAACUGUUUCUGCGAGUUUAGGGCAAGACUCGGGGGCCCCUUUCAGGUGUUAAUAACUGUAGGGAGGAGACUCGACGAGUUACAGGAACAACUAGAUAGCGUCUUGAGAAAACUUGGGUUUGUUUUCUUAGCGUGUUUAGUUCUUUUCAUCAUGUAUAAAAAAAUAUGGGACCAUUCCAAUGCCACAAUGUACUGUACUAUUGGAACAAUUGUACCUGGAGCCUCUACUUUUUUGACCUCCCCUCUCUAAUUAUGAGUUUCUGUUGCUCCA